CUUUCCUUAACAUAAAUAUAUAAUACAACCCCUUCUGUUCUCUCUACUUAAUUCCCCAUUCACUUUCUUCUCUCUUUCCUUUGAGGAAGCAGCUGCUAAGGAAGUACUUAGAAUUAAAAAUGAGAGAGGGAAAAAUGAUAAAUUUGAGCUUGGGAAUUAUGAUUAUAUGGGUUUGUUGUAGUUUGGGAUGGGUGAAUGGUGAAGACCCAUAUAGAUAUUACACUUUUCAAGUCACCUACGGUACACGUGCUCCUCUUGGUGUUGCUCAAAAGGUAAUCCUUGUGAAUGGGCAAUUUCCAGCCCCAAAGAUUGAGUGUGCGACAAAUGACAACAUAAUUGUAAAUGUCAUUAACAAGCUUGAUGAGCCUUUUCUCUUUACAUGGAGUGGAGUGAAGCAAAGGAGGACAUCAUGGCAAGAUGGGGUGUUAGGGACAAAUUGCCCAAUCCCUCCAAACUCAAAUUGGACAUACAAAUUCCAAGUUAAAGAUCAAAUUGGAACUUUCACAUACUUCCCUUCCAUCAACUUCCAAAGGGCUUCUGGUGGCUUUGGAGCCUUUGUAAUUCAACCUAGAAGCGUCAUAACAACUCCCUACCCCCUUCCCCACGCGGAGAUCGACCUUCUCAUUGGUGACUGGUACGACACCGACCAUAAGACGUUGCGUAAGCAGUUGGAUUCGGGAGUUUUGCUGCCUUUACCUAAGCAUCUUCUUAUCAAUGGACAACCUAGUUCAACACUAAUUCUUAAAAAAGGGCUAACAUACAAGUUGAGGAUAUCAAAUGUUGGGAUAGCAACAUCAAUAAACUUUAGAAUUCAAGGACAUUUAAUGACACUUGUGGAAGUAGAAGGAGCUCACACAGUUCAAGAAGUUUAUGAAUCAUUGGAUAUUCAUCCUGGCCAAUCUGCUGCAGUUUUGGUGUCUCUUAACAGAUUACCAAAGGAUUAUUACUUUGUGGUUUCUUCACGUUUUACUAAACCUAUUCUUACUACUGUUGGUAUCCUUAGAUAUGAAGGCUCUUCCAUUCCUCCUUCCAAGCCUUUGCCCAUUGGACCUACUUACCAACUCCAUUGGUCCAUGAAGCAAGCUCGAACCAUCAGAUUAAACUUGACAGCAAAUGCAGCAAGGCCGAACCCACAAGGAUCAUUCCACUAUGGAAACAUAACAGUAGUGAGAAGACUCAUAUUAAAAAAUUCAUUGACCAAGAUAAAAGGAGCUGUUCGUUGUGCGGUGAACAAUGUAUCAUAUGUUGAUCCACCAACACCUUUAAAGUUGGCUGAUUGGUUCAAAAUUGGUGGUGUUUUUGACUUCAAAACCUUCACUGAUAUCCCAACUCCAAGACCUGCAAUGCUUGGAGUCUCUGUUGUUAACGUUACCCUUCAUGAUUUUGUUGAAAUUGUGUUCCAAAACGAUGAAAAUACUGUCCAAGCUUGGCAUUUUGAUGGAACAAGUUUCUAUGUUGUUGGAUAUGGUUCUGGUGAUUGGAGUUAUAAAAUGAGGAAACGUUAUAACUUAGUGGAUGGUAUAUCAAGACACACUGUUCAGGUAUAUCCAAGAUCAUGGACAGCAAUAUUAGUAUCAUUAGACAACAAGGGGAUGUGGAACUUGAGAUCUACAAUAUGGUGGAGAAAUUAUCUUGGUCAACAGUUAUACGUCAGAGUUUGGAAUGAUGAAAAGAGUUUAUAUACUGAGGCAGAUAUUCCACUCAAUGCUCUCAAGUGUGGCAAAGCAUCCAAGUAUUAAUAUAUUCAUACACACAUAUAUAUAAUUGUUUGAACAAUAUUUGUAAUUUGUUAUAUAUUCAUUUUCUCAUCUGUUGAAAAGGUUUGUUUGUGAUAAUUUUAUCUUUAAGUAGAGGUUUAAUUUAGUUAUGAGUCACAACAGGGUGACUGAUAAGAAAGGAAGGAGGAGGGGAAGGAGAAACAGAAGAGGAAGAAAAUUUGAAAGGUUGAAGAUACCCUGCAGAGAGAGAUGAGAGGGUUAGUUCUACUUUAAUUUGUUAUUAUACUUAAUCACUGUAUUUUCUAUGUUGUAAUAAAUCCUCAUUUCACUUGUUUCAGUAGUAAAGUUUCUAAUAAUUUGUCAUUGUUUCUUAGUUAA